CCAGGUGCAGAGGAAAGCGCGCCGCGUUCAGUCACGAUGGUCCGAGCAAUGAGGUUGGUCCUGUUGGCUUUGGUCAUCGCCGUCGCUUCUUGCGAGAAUGACCUGGAAUUCCGGCUGCAGCUCAUUUACGAGGCGGUCGACAGCGCAUUGGACAAACCGCAAGUGAACCGGCUCGUGCUUUCGGCUAUGCGAAUGUUGAACGUCGAUUCUAAGGACACGGCGAUUAUGGAUGAGUGCUACUCUAAAGGAAACAAAGAUAUACACACGAUGAGGGUAUGCUAUACCGACACAACUGGAAUCUCCGUUAAUGGUGUGUGCAACAAGGAAGGCAUCGAGAAAUACGUCAGCAGCCGCAUGAGUCACAUUCCUGAAUUCUUCCGUGACCUUACCAUAGACCUGGUUGGCUGCAGCUGCUUCAAGAAGAUGGAAGAGUGGGUCCAGUGUUCAAGCGCAGCCGUGUUCAGGAUGCUUCACAAGGCCUGCAAGAUGCUGCCCGAAAGAGAAUAAAAGUAUUCAGCUCCCUUC